UGGUGUUAUUUUAGCAAUUUUUGCAAUUUUGUUUAUCAGAAAUUUUAAAAAAGAGAGAGAUGAAUAUUGGGUGAGAGUGUGGUGUCACCCUUGAAGACGGUCCUGUUUAGGUACCUACAGUACCGGAUCACACCACCGCCGUCUUCGUUUUUCCCCACUCCCGCCGCGUCUCUCUCUCUCUCUCUCUCUCUCUCUCUUCUAUAUACACACACCUGAGCUAUACAUCUACAUCCAUGGCUGUCCCGGUCGAAGACCAGCAAAAGGAGAAACCGCCAAUCAUAAGCGAAGAAGAUGAAGAACCAUCCAACGGCGAGGACGAGGAAUCCGAAAUCGAAGAAGACGAAGAUGAAGAACAAGAAGGAGAAGCAGCCUCGGGAAGAACGCGAUUCGACAGGGAGAAAAUGGAGAACCUGUUCCGCCGCAUAUCGACGGAGAGAAUACCCCUCCGAGUCCACGACGUGAUAAUCAAGGGCAACACCAAGACCAAGGACUGGCUCAUCGAGUCCGAGGUGGAAGCCCUGAAGAACGCCACUACGGUGCAGGGGCUCCUCCAAGCCGCGAGCGUCGCCAAUGCUCGCCUCCAACGCCUCGACGUGUUCGAUUCGGUCAACAUCACGCUCGAUUCAGGCCCGCCGGAGUUGCCGGGGACUUCGAACGUGGUUGUCGAGGUUGUCGAGACCAAAAACCCUCUCACCGGUGACAUUGGCAUUUUCUCGAAGCCUGAGGCUAGAUCCUGGUCUGUUGAAGGAUCUUUGAAGCUGAAAAACUUGUUGGGAUACGGGGACCUCUGGGACGGUUCUUUAUCUUACGGUUGGGACCAAACGUCUGAGGUUAGUGCUGGGGUGUCCAUGCCAAGAUUCAGACGAUGGGCAACUCCAAUGCAAGCUCGUGUAUCUCUUCUUUCCCAAGACUGGCUGAAGUUUUCUUCUUACAAAGAACGAGCUUCGAAUCUAUCUCUCGGCCUAAUCUCAUCCAAGAAUCAUGACUUGGCUUACAACCUUUCUUGGCGUGCCAUAACGGAUCCAUCUCAAAUGGCAUCUAGGUCGGUAAGGAGGCAGCUCGGACAUGGAUUACUCUCAACUUUAAAGUACACGUUUAAGGUUGACAAGAGAAAUUCACCUUUGAGACCAACUCAAGGGUAUGCUCUUGUUUCUACCUCUCAAAUCAGUGGUCUGUACCCUGAUCACCGGAGCAUACGGUUUUUGCGGCAGGAGUUUGAUCUUCGUUAUGCUUUUCCCUUGGGUUUUUAUCAUGCUGCUCUAAACUUUGGUGUCUCCACUGGUGUUAUAUUUCCAUGGGGAAGUGGAUUCUUGAGCAAGCUGUCAUACCUACCUGAGAGAUUCUUCUUGGGUGGCAAUUCUUCCCCAGUUUGCACAUUGGGAGGCCCGACAACGCUAUUGGGUUUCAAGUCAAGGGGUCUGGGCCCUACUGAGCCGAGGAGACAAAUCAGAACAAACUCCAAUGGUGAAAGUUCUGACACUGAUUCUGGAAGGGAUUAUGUUGGAGGAGACCUUGCUCUAACUGCUUUUGCAGACCUUUCUUUUGAUCUUCCGUUGAGGGUAUUCCGAGAAGCUGGAAUUCAUGGACAUUUUUUUGCUUGUGCUGGAAACGUAACCAAAUUAACAGAGAAUGCAUAUCGAGAAUUUUCUUUCCAGAAAUUUCGCGAGUCUUUUCGAAGCUCUGCAGGAGCUGGGAUCAUUGUACCCACUAGACUAUUUCGUAUGGAGGUUAACUACUGUUACGUACUAAAACAACUUGAGCAUGACCGUGGGAAGACAGGUGUGCAGUUUAGCUUCUCUUCACCGUUGUAAGAUUUUGAGGUGGAUUUUCCGUGUUUGAUUUCCAGCAGGAUUGAGCAAAUAGCGGCUGCCUGUGCGUUCAGGUUUAUUCAAGUGUUAUCGGACCAUUUGAGAACUUUGUUUCUUCUCCAAGCUUCUCAAGUUAGAUUGCUCCUUGGUUUUUGUAGCUUCUAGUGAAGCGCGGAUACAGUAUAGACAUGUUUAUCCUUCGCCGCAAAUUCGUGGCAGAAACGAUUGAGUAGUCCAACUUCCAAACAGUUCAAGGUUUUUAACUCUACCCUGUUUAUACAGUGGGUUGUGGUAAAACUCUCAGGAAAUUGUUUUUGUUGACAAUUGUUUUUUUUUUUUGAUCUUUUUGUUGACAAUUGUUUGGUUUAGAAUUCUGUGUCACAUUUUCAUUUCUUAAAUUUAGAGAAUAAAUGGCAUAACUUCUUUUUGUUCUCA